GCGGCUUGGUGCAGCACAUUCGGUUGCUUCGAAACAUCGUAAACGAAAGAUUCAACUGGGUUCCAGGCAUCAAAACGCGUUUACAUCCAUCUCAUCGAAUCCAGUGAAAGUGCUAUUGGACGCAAAACAUGGGAUUUGCCCACCAGAUGACAAACUUGGUCCAUUCCACGUUGCCUA